AAUCAUAAUUUCUCAGGAAGAAGAUGGAUUAUGGGACUAAAAAAGGCGGUGUAGGGAGAGAAGCUUCUUUGAUGAAAGGUGAUGGCUUCUUCUCCAACAGGAUCCUCUCAAGGAAUUCUUCUGUGGGACGUUCUUCAAGGAUAUAUUACAGGAGUCCUGAAGGGGUGCCCUUUAAUUGGGAAAUGCAGCCGGGAACGCCAAAGGAUCCGCCCAAGGAAGAUAAUCUCCCAACCCUCAGCCCUCCACCCGCGAUGCUCAGCCUAGGGCUGCCUAAACCAUGUAUCACCAUCGAAGAGCCCAAGCCUCCGAAGCUACUACGGUUCAUGUUUUGGAAACGAAGGGAGAAAGGUGAUCGGGAUAAGAAGCUUCAACAGGGACCUAAGGCAGGUAGUGAUGAUUUAGAUGCUACGGAGUCGGAGAAGUACUUUGAAACUUGUAGCUUUGAUGGUGAAUUUAUGGCAUCUCCACCCCGUGCUUCCACCUGUUCUUCUUCUUCAUCUCUUACCUUAUCUCACGGUCGUGAUUCUGCUCGACUGUCGAGUUUUCGGGGUCCAACCAGGGAUUCAGUAGGAGGAUUUUAUGGCUGUGGUCCAUGGAAAUUCUCUUGUGUAAAUAUUGUUCGUGCAGCAAGACGAUGAUGAUGUAAAAAUAAGUGUUUUAAUGUACGAGAUUGAUCGGUAUGUACUAUAAUGCUAUUGUGUCCUUGUAAAGCAAAAUCAAUUGUUAGCAUUAAA